CUGCUCAGGCCCAAUUACCGUUUAUAUGCAUAUGCUACAUAUAAUGGGCUUGAUAUUAUUCUCGCUCGAACUGGGCCUGGCCCGUCAUAUGAAUGGGUCAUAACCCAUCUAAAGUUUUUCCAUUUUUUCACUGAACUGAAACCCAACUGAUUCAGCAUCGAAAUUCUAUACUCGUAACGCUAACCAUCACACCGUUUGUACCAAAGCCUCAGUGCUUGAGUGGAGCGAAAGAUGAGUUCAUUGAGUUUAGCUUCAAUCUUUGCCGGUGGCUACCGGAGUUUUGUUACGCCAGUCACCGUCUUGCGCACUUUAGCAUCAACACAUGCUUAUUCUUUCCAUAGGCACCAUCCCAAGAAUGCUUUAGCUCGGUUUUCUUUGAAUUCACAUGAGAGAAAGUUUUGCUGUGAAUCCUCAAAACCAGAAGUUGCUUACACAACUAAUACUUCUUGUGUUAAUGGCAACUCAGACUAUGAUCGCUUGCUUCCAUGUCCCUCGUACAAUAGACCACCAAGAAUUGAACACUUAGUUGUCUUAGAGGAAGGGCCUGUACUAGAUUAUAUCUGCAAAGCUCUAGAUCUUCCUCCUCUGUUUGUUGCAGACCUCAUCGAUUUUGGAGCUGUACAUUAUGCCCUUGUGUGCCCACGGCCACCAACAACAGCAACUCCGGAACAGAUUAGGUUAUUUGAAAAGUUUACAGCUCCAUCAGUUCUGAAGAAGAGAUCUUCCAUCAAAGGGAAAACUGUACGAGAAGCACAAAAAACCUUUCGGAUUACUCAUGUUGACCAGUAUCUUGAAGCUGGAACAUAUUUGCGUGUUCAUGUACACCCAAAACGCUUCCCAAGGUGCUAUGACAUUGACUGGAAAUCAAGAAUUAUAGCUGUGACCGACUGUUAUGUUGUUUUGGACAAACCUGCUGGUACAUCAGUAGGAGGAACUGCAGAUAAUAUUGAAGAAAGUUGUGCAACCUUUGCCACUCGUGCCCUGGGAUUAACAACCCCAUUGAAGACUACCCAUCAGAUUGACAAUUGCACAGAGGGUUGUGUUGUGUUAGCUAGGAGUAAGGAGUACUGCUCAGUUUUCCAUGGGAAAAUCAGAGAGAAAAAGGUGAAGAAGCUUUAUCUUGCUCUUGCUGCAUCUCCUGUGCCUGUGGGAGUAAUUAAAAACUACAUGCGCCCUGUUAAUAUUGCUCCAAGACUUCUUUCAGAAGAAUUUGUCAACGGAUGGCACUUGUGUCAACUUGAGGUCUUGGAAUGCAGAAAGGUUCCUUGGCCAGAUGCUGCAAUUGAGGAGAAAUAUUCGGUUGAAGAUUGUGGAUGGCCCUCAAAAGAUUUUGCUUACGAGUGUAAGAUCAACCUUUUGACUGGCCGAACGCAUCAGAUUCGAGCUCAACUGGCUGCCAGUGGUGCACCAUUAGUGGGUGACUCGAUGUAUAUGCCAGCUGCAGUUGCAGAAAUGGCAAAUCCUGGACUUAACCCAUUUGGAAAACAUAGAAAACAGUACACUAACGAGAGUGAUGAGUCAAUGGCUGUUGCCGAGUGGGUUGCACAACACGGGAAGGAGCCAAAAGUUGCUAUUGGUCUUCAGGCCUGUGAAAUUUCAUGGGAUGAGGGCAAGCACAUUUACAAGGCUGGAUCUCCCUGGUGGAGAUGCAGAAUUGCUUAGAAUAAGGAUUUUUGGAUAAUUGCAAUGCAUCACCAAGUUGAAAUUUUUUUUUUUUCUUUUUAUCCCGUAUAGCAGAAGCAUCAGGUCCAUCAGUCAGGUAAUUCGUGUUCAAAAGGUUCUGAAUUUCUGUAGGUUCUGAUUUAACUCAUCUCCAAAGUGAUUCUUUUGCUAUGCACAUUGAUAAAAAAAGAAAGAGAAGAAGAUAUGAUGUGCAGGAAUGGAUUCAAUUCAAAGGAGAAGAAAUUGAGUGGCUUGUGACAUAUAUUGUAAAAGCCAGCUGAGGCAAAUGUAAUUUUGAAUUGUAUUAGUUAGACAUCCAUUUGUAAAACUCUGCUAGUCAAAUAUGCCAUCUAUGGCAGCAUUUAUAACAACUAAGGAGCUAACUUCUCGAGCGAUUAA